UAAAUUUCGAAAAUUCUAACUAAAGAGAUGAAAAUUGAAAUUAAAAGUUGUACAAUGGUCACAACAGUGCAAGAGAAGUGUGAUUUACUUGCAGUAGUAUCCUGAUGAACCAAUACUUUCUAUUCAACGUACAUAACCUAAAAAUAAUAAAGGCUGGUUCAGUUGUGACACGCACAAAUCUUCAAUAAGUGUGUGUAGUUGUGAACCGCACACAUCGUAUAGGUUGAGGCGUUUUUUUUAAAUGGAACAGGGAAACAACAUUGCAUUGUGCAUUUAGCCGUAUGGAAGUCUUCCGAGCGUGUGCCUCCACAGCUAAGUGAAAUAGGGUUCUAGUCCUCGAAGCGCAUCCAGUGACUCCUAGGCAGCCUCUUUUUCUGCAUAUUAUAAAAUGUGAUGCGAAAGAAAAGCAGUUACAAUGAGAAUACACUGGCUGAGUCGUACUUCGAAAAUCGUCGCGCUAUGCAGCGCGGCAAAUUUCAUAAACAGCGCCGAUCGUGUUCUGAUGCCGAUCGCUAUCGUGCCGAUGACCGACCAGUUUCACUGGACGUUACACGCGCAGGGCUGGAUACUGUCGGCGUUCGCUUGCGGAUACUUCACGAGUCAAUUGCUGGGUAGCCUUUGGGUGAACAAGAUCGGCGCCAAGAACAUUCUGAUAUGUAGCGUACUGCUGUGGAGCAUCGCCACUUUCGUAACGCCGCUGCUGGCGGAGAGUGUCGUCGCGUUGAUCAGCUGCAGAAUCGUGUUGGGUUUCGCGGAAGGUUUAGGUCUGCCGACGAUCUUUCAUCUCUUUGCGCAUACGAUACCGGUCGAGGAACGUAGUCGAGCUUUUGGGUAUUUAUUGGCAUCGGGAUCGGUCGGCCAAACCGUCGCAUCAGUUGUGGCGCCACAUUUGUCAUGGCAAGCUUGUUUCUUCUGGUUCGGUUCCAUGGGUUUUGUAUGGGUUUUAAUGUGGUACAUUUUCUAUCCCAAUACUGGAUUAGGGUUUGGACCGCAGGAUGCGAUCCCUCUCCACAUGCCCAAAGCGAGUAAAAACAUCAGAUGGAGCGAUUUUCUCAUGUCAAAGGCCUUAUGGGCGAUCUACAUAGCGCACUUCGCCAUGAACUGGUCAUCGUACAUAAUAAUGCAAUGGCUGCCGACCUAUCUUUCGAGAAUGCUCGGGGCAAACGCGGAAUCAAUCAGCUUAACCGCCGUACCCUACAUAGUGAAUUCGGCGUUCGGAGUCGCAAGCGGUCACGUCGCCGACAGCCUGCUAAUGCGUAACAGCUGGUCCGUGCUAAACGUACGGAGGUUGAUGACGAGCAUAGGACUCAUCGGUCCCGGUUUAUUCUUGGCGAUCUUUUGCGUCGUCAACGAGUUACCGCUGGCCGUCGUGCUCGUUUCGAUUUCGAUGGGACUACUCGCGUGCAACUCCGCCGGUCACUUGUCGAAUCACGUUGAUAUCGCACCUAAUCAUUCGGCGACGACUUUCGCGAUUAGUAAUACGAUUGCAACCAUACCCGGAAUACUGUGCGGGCCGAUAACAGCAGCCCUAGUCACCGCCGCCAACGGAAAGUGGGUGGCCGUGUUUUUGGGGGCCACGUUUAUUAAUUUAGUAGGAGCAUUUGUCUACUUUGGCAACAGUUUAGCUACGCAAGUGUUGUAAAUUUGUAAUAAACAUUUUUAAAUGUAUGCUAGAAGUAAACGAUUAUUGUUUUGUUAA